GGUAUCCACUUUAUGCUUACGAGCAGUGGAACUCCGCUGAAGGAUUAUGUCCGUAAGCAACUACAACGCCUACAUCCGUUUCGGCUGAAACUAUAUAACAGCAAAGUGAGGUGGAAUUCCGCCUCAAGACUGCAAAAUUGUAUUGCACUCUUGAUAGGGAGCUCUAGGCUUGGUUCUAUCGAAGUAUAAUCAACAUGACUACGGUUUUAGUUCACCAAAGCAAGACUCGAAAGAAGGCGUGUACGGCUUGCGUCAAGGCGAAACGGAGAUGCGAUUUGCUGUUGCCAGUAUGUUCCAGAUGCAAUAUAAAAGAUCUGAGUUGUGUUUAUGUGAAUGAGGUAUCGCAGAAGAAAUCAACAAGGUCUCCACAACGUGCUAAAUCAACCCCCGUUCCUGUGGAGAGUAUGGCGACAGCACAAAUCUUCACUGAUUCGUAUGGAACGCAUCUUGAUUUGUUGCCUUACGAGAACAUACCGCUCUUGGAUUACCAAGAUCGCCAAUCUAACCGGGAUUUCACAUCGUGGAAUUCCACCACCAACACCGCCUCUUCUUUUUCACCUGAUACAUUGUUUCCAAUCGCCAAUCCAUUUAAAUCACCUGACCCUCAAAAUCUUUCUCUAUCUAUCAAUACAUUCCCAUCACCUUACUCGUCUCUUCAAUAUCUUCCUCGCAACACCCUUAGCUCCGCUCAAAUCACCUACAUCUCAACCCAACUGAAAUCAUUCGUUUCAACCUUCGCACUCCACUCUCACAACUCCUUCAUCCAUCCGCUUUCAUCCUACAACCUUGGUAAACCCCUGCCAACACCAUAUGCUGAUGCACUUUCUAUCUGUGCACUUCACACUCUCGGCUCUCCUCAAACCUUCUCUAUUCUCGACUCUAAACUCUCUGACCUCAUUUCCUCGAGUGAAAGAGAUUACUGGGACUCAUCCCAAUGGCUUAUUGCAGUUCAAGUUCUCAACCUUUAUCAAAUAAUCCGUCUUUGGUCUUUAAACGAGAGACAAAAGAUAAACGCCGAAAGAUGUAUACCGUUGCUAAUGCAAUGGACAAAUCAACUACAGAUUGAAUACAUAGGACUACUAGCACAAGAUGUAAAUACACGACUUUUCACAGACGCCACCAACAGUAAAGAUAGUAAGCUACAAGAUUACGCAGAAAGAUGGGUAUUUCUGGAAAGUAUACGACGAGCCGUUAUGAUUAGUAUCUUUAUACAGUGCUUAUAUGGCGGGAUAAAAGAUGGGUAUAUAGGGGGAUUAUUGCCUAUAUUAUUUCACCUGCCGGUGAGUGUUGGUGCAGGUCAAUUAUGGGAAACUUUAGGUAGGAAGGUUCUUAACGAACAACGCGAACAACGUGAAUUUGAAGAUCAAUCUGAAGAUUCUACAAACGUUGAUUUUGGAGAAAUUUAUGCGUAUGAGUAUUGGGUUGAGGGCUGGACGAGUGGGGUUGUGGGAGGAGGAGAACGGGAACAGGAGAUUUAUGAAAGGAUGCUGUUGGUAGCUUGUUCCAAGACUGGAGCGAUUGAAAAGUGGGGAGGGGAUAUGAAGUCGGAGUACGGAGAGGUGGAAUUGCCAAUUGUUGGGAGUUUGGAGAUGGCUAUAUAGGUUUGAUGGGUUGGGUACUUUUGGAGAAGUGGGAGGUUAGAUUUGGAGGCGUUUUCAGCAUAGGCGUUACGGUAGACGCGCCGCUCUUCCGCUUGCUGGAUCGGUAAUCGCUACGUAUACCAUUGGCAUUAUGUUAAAUCACUAGAGAUUCCACUCAAUACAUAGAAGUUUUGGAUAAUUUAGAAACUGCAAUGAUCAGUUUCCACCGAAAACUUGGAGCGUUCCACAAAUCUGGAAUGAAGAACAGAUUGAUACUCCUCGGACUGUCGGACACGGUGAGAUAUGUUUAGUUCCACUAUGAUCUUUCACAGAAUAGAAAUCUACUUGGACGGAUUGAAAAAAUUUCAUGGACA